ACAGCAGAGGAAAAUCAAACAUCCUGCCUCUGUAGCUGUAGCUGGUCUGCAUCUUUUUAGCUAAAAAGCAUAUUUUCCUUUCACAUUGUAGCUGGUAUAUCAGCCGAAUAAAUAUUUGUUUUUGUUGCAUUACAGGCUGAUCUUACAUUAAAUGUAAUUAAGCGGCUGAGACGAGCGACUGAUAAAGUAGAAACCGUUUUAUGACAUCCUCCCUCCUGCAUGAUAGAGAGGCUUCGUUGCUUGGACGAAAUCAGUAAUUGCCCGAUAAAUCAGCUGUUUUAGUCAGCUGAAUACACAGCAGCUGAUGGCAACCAGUGCAAAGAGGCCAUCCCUGCAGGGUCCUGUGCCCCCUCCUCGUAAGAAGACGGCUCCCAAGGCAGAGUUGACUGAAGAACAGAAACAGGAGAUUAGAGAGGCCUUCGAGCUCUUCGAUACUGAUGGCUCUGGACACAUUGAUGUAAAAGACCUCAAGGUUGCAAUGAGAGCUCUGGGCUUUGAGCCAAAGAAAGAGGAGAUCAAGAAGAUGAUUGGUGAGGUGGAUAAGGAUGGCACAGGAAAGAUCCCCUUUAGUGACUUCCUCACUGUCAUGACACAAAAAAUGGCUGAAAAAGAUUCCAAAGAGGAGAUCCUGAAAGCCUUCCGCCUGUUUGAUGACGAUGAGACUGGCAAGAUCUCAUUCAAGAAUCUAAAGAGAGUUGCCAAAGAGCUUGGAGAGAACCUGACAGAUGAGGAGCUGCAGGAAAUGAUCGAUGAAGCUGACAGGGAUGGCGAUGGAGAAGUGAACCAGCAGGAGUUUUUGCGCAUUAUGAAGAAAACAUGUCUGUAUUGAAGAAGGUGCAGGAUGUCAGUGUUUGUGAUGCAGAGUCAAGAGGACCAGUGGUGGCUAUAUGUUGAAUGCUGCUCAUGCAUUUGUCACAAAAAAAGAACAUUGUGUUGUACUUACAUGGUCACUUGGAAUAAGUCAUGUGUUUUUCUUUGUCAUAUCUUAAAAUGAAAAGAACGUAUGAAAUGUUAAAUAUUAUUAAUCUACAUCUGCAUAAAUAGCUUGAGAAUCUGUCCUGUUUGGAAUGCUGCAAACUUUUAUUAAAAUAUAUAUAUUGAUAUCAAUGAUGAUAUGUAGAUUAUUCAUAGUAAAGAAACUCCCAGUGCCUGACAAACAUGGUACAUUCCAAUGCUUUAUUCAAUUGAGUUUGUGCAUUAUGUUGGAUCCAUUUGCAGAUUUUUAUUGUGCGCUUAUGUGUCCAUUUAAGAUAUUUUUCAUAGCUGGCCUCAGAUGAUUAUGGAGGGCUGUCUCACCUCUGUGCUGCCUGUGGAUUUGUGCCUGAGCCUUUUAAAGGUGUGACUGUCACAAUCAGGGAAGCUGCCCGACAAACCUCUGACCUGCACACCUUCCUCACAGGUCCCACUACCUGUAAUACUAAGAAUGUUGGUGUAUUUAUCCUUUAAAGUACUUUAUCCUUCAAUUGUGCAUAUUUUAUUUUCUGUAUGCCUGAAUGUUUUGUAUAUUGUGAACUGAUUCGUAUGUGUUCAUCAUAGUAGAACAGAUUAAAUAUGCUGAAGCA